GCUAUUACCGAACUCAACCCAACAAUCCACGUUGCCAGAGCUCCCCUCCAGGGAGUCGAAGUCUGCCACCAUCGGCAGCUUCAAUUCUGCAGCGCAAUCCGACGAGUCGUCUGUCAACACGUCAAUUGUCCCAUCGACGGCGCAUAAAUAAGUUAUGUCCGUUGCCACGCUUCAAGGUCCAUCGCGGGCUUCGACCUCGUCCUCAUCCUCCUACCAUCCCGUAUCUCGGCAAAACACCAUGUCGUCCCACGAUGGUGCGCGCUCCGUGCGCCAGUCGAAGCGAUAUUCCGUUACGGCCUUAUACUUGUCGAUGAGCGCGAAGGAGAAGGAUUUGGAGAUUGAAGAUGAUUUGGCGCGAGCACAGAAAGCUCUGCGCGAGCUCAAAUCGAAGAUUUCGUCUCAAUCGAAGAAGAACUUCGUGCUCGAGAAAGAUGUUCGAUAUCUGGAUUCGCGAAUUGCGCUUCUUAUUCAGAAUCGAAUGGCGCUGGAGGAGCGAGAUGAGAUGGCCAGCCAUCUGGACGAUGCGAUGGAGGUUCAGGAAGGGCAUUUCCCAAAUGACGACAAGACGCAGAAAUACGGCAAUCUCCUCUUCCUCCUUCAAUGCGAACCGCGCCAUAUCGCCCACCUCUGCCGCUUGGUAUCUUUGGCUGAAAUCGACUCCCUUCUUCAAACCGUCAUGUUCACCAUCUAUGGUAAUCAGUAUGAGAGCCGCGAAGAGCAUCUGCUGUUGACCAUGUUCCAAUCUGUCUUAACCUACCAAUUCGACCAUACCUCCGACUACUCAUCCCUCCUUCGCGCUAACACCCCCGUUUCUCGAAUGAUGACCACAUAUACCCGCCGAGGCCCUGGCCAAAGUUACCUCAAGACCGUUCUCGCCGACCGAAUCAAUGCGCUGAUUCAACUGAAAGAUCUAGAUCUUGAGAUCAACCCUCUGAAAGUAUACGAGAAAAUGGUGGAAGAGAUCUACGCCAAGCAAGGCAGCCUGCCACCGCAUCUACCGAGAGGCGUCACGCAAGAACAAGCUGCAGAGAAUGAGACGGUUCAGCAGAUCAUCGCGCCCCGGCUGACAACAUUGAUGGAGAUUGGCACCUCAUUCUUGACAACGAUUAUCGAUGGACUCGAGGAGACCCCGUACGGCAUCCGGUGGAUCUGCAAGCAGAUUCGCAGUUUGUCGAAACGAAAGUAUCCCGAUGCACAAGACCAUACCAUUUGCACGCUCAUUGGUGGUUUCUUUUUCCUACGAUUCAUCAAUCCCGCCAUCGUCACUCCUCGCUCAUACAUGCUGAUCGACAACACCCCCGGGGAGAACCCUCGACGAACCUUGACCUAUAUUGCCAAGAUGCUCCAAAACCUGGCGAACAAGCCAUCAUAUGCCAAGGAGCCCUAUAUGGUGAAGCUGCAACCAUUUAUCCAUAAAAACAAGGAGCGGAUCAACAAGUUCAUGCUUGAUCUCUGCGAGGUCGGAGAUUUUUAUGAGAGCUUGGAACUGGAUAACUAUGUUGCACUUUCGAAACGCGACCUCGAGCUGUCCAUUACACUCAACGAAAUCUACGCCACCCAUACCCUUCUUGAGAAACAUAUCGCCGAGCUGUCCAAAGACGAAUCAUCCCAUCUCAGCCAGCUCCUCGCCGAACUCGGAGCCGCGCCGGCCCAACUCCUCCGCAAAGAAAACCGCGUUAUCAAGCUCCCCCUCUUCAGCAAAUGGGAGACCUCCCUAGACGAUGUGACCGCCGCCCUCGACAUCACGCAAGAAGAAGUGUACUUCAUGGAAGCGAAAUCCACCUUCGUCAUGAUCCUCCGCUGCCUCCCCCCCAGCACCACCGUCACCCGCCGACCCCUCCGCCUCGACCGCGUCGCCGAAGCGGCCGCCACCACCAAGAACGACUCGGUCAUGGUCAAGAAGGGCAUCCGCAGCAUGGAGCUCCUCAGCCAGCUGCAAGACAUGGGUGUGAUCGAUAAAGACGACGCGUUCGCGCUCCUACGCGACGAAGUGGAGCAGGAACUCGUGCACCUCGGUAGCAUGAAGGAGAAGGUCAUCGAGGAGUCGCGGAAGCUGGAAGAGGUGUUCCGGACGAUCCGCGACCAUAACGCGUACCUCGUGUCGCAGCUGGAGACGUACAAGAGCUACCUGCAUAACGUGCGCAGCCAGAGUGAGGGGAAGACGCGGAAGCAGCAGAAGCAGCAGGUGCUGGGGCCGUAUAAGUUCACGCAUCAGCAGCUGGAGAAGGAGGGGGUGAUUCAGAAGAGUAACGUGCCGGAGAACCGGCGGGCGAACAUCUUCUUCAACUUCACGAGCCCGCUUCCAGGGACGUUUGUGAUCUCGCUGCAUUACAAGGGACGCAACCGCGGAUUACUCGAACUCGACCUGAAGCUCGACGACCUCCUCGAGAUGCAGAAAGAUAACCAGGAGGACUUGGAUCUGGAAUACGUCCAGUUCAACGUCACCAAGGUGCUUGCGCUGCUCAAUAAGCGUUUCUCCCGGAAGAAGGGCCGAUAAACGCUCGCCGUUCCCGCUUAUGGAGGCGACAUCCCUGCACGUCUUUCCUGGUCAUUGCGCUUUUUCGGUUUUUUGGGGUCGGAUAGUAUGGGUAGGAGCCGUGACGCUUUUCCGAUAUACCCCCUUUAGCACGUUCUUCGAGGAAGGGAGGAGAUGGACCGAGUCGACACUCACCCACCCCCUUGGAUCUUCACCAUCGUUCUUCCACCCCUCGAUCUUGCUUCUUGUGUCCUCGAAGAACUUUGUAAU